GAAACACAUGAGGAGCAUGAUACUUCUACUGAAAAUGCAGAUGAUUCUAACCACGAUCCUCAGUUUGAACCCAUAGUUUCCCUUCCUGAGCAAGAAAUAAAAACUCUGGAAGAGGAUGAGGAAGAACUCUUUAAGAUGCGAGCAAAGCUAUUCCGAUUUGCAUCUGAGAAUGACCUUCCAGAAUGGAAAGAACGAGGAACUGGUGAUGUAAAACUCCUGAAACACAAGGAGAAGGGAACAAUUCGCCUCCUCAUGAGGAGGGAUAAAACCCUAAAAAUCUGUGCAAACCAUUACAUCACACCCUUAAUGGAGCUGAAGCCUAAUGCUGGGAGCGACAGGGCAUGGGUCUGGAACACACAUGCUGACUUUGCAGAUGAAAGCCCCAAGCCUGAACUUCUGGCAAUCCGAUUUUUAAAUGCAGAGAAUGCACAGAAAUUCAAGGCAAAAUUUGAAGAAUGCAGGAAUGAAGUAGACAAGAGAGCAAAGAAAGCAGGCACAGACAAAAUUGAUAAUGCUGAUAAAGUUGCUGAAAAACUAGAAGAGCUUUCUGUAAAGGAAGAGAGCAAAGAAUCUGAGAAGAAAGAGACCAAGGAAAAAACUGAAGAAAAGCAAUAAAUCAUCCUGGGCCUUGCAGUUUUUCCUUUACUUUUUUCUUUCUUUCUUUUU